ACCGAAAAGGAAAGUAGGCCUAGAUGCCAAUCGCAUGUUCACGGUCUCUUCUAAUCACGCAUGCUGCGGUCGUUUUUGAUGAGCUUCAGCAGUAUAUACCCGAGGAGUUCCAGAGAAAAUAUCUUGAGUAAAGCAUAAGACAAAAACAUGGCCCCUGUUUUAUUCCGAGCCUUCAUGACGGUGACAAUAACCACAGCUAUAAUUUGUUUCUUUGUUUUUGACGGGGGAUUUGAUCGAGCUUUCACAGAGACAGGAUUAAAACACUAUGCUGAAAGAGCAAGUCCCUUACUGAAGACAGUGCUUCCAAAAUGGCUGAAAAUGCCACUGAAUACUCUUGUAAACUUUGGAUAUGCAAUCCUGGGAGCCUACUGGCUGGCUGUGAUAUUUCACCAUCAUGGCAAUAACAAUAUCAGUGAAAUUGAUGCAUAUGCUUUCUAUGUGUUUAAUUUCAUGGCUUGUUUUUAUGGCCCAAUUCAGAUGGUUCGGAUUUUGACGGAUAAACAUCGUUUUGCGAUUUUGGAUCAAUGGGUAACGCUCCCAUUUUUCAUGUGGGUGUAUGUAUGGGGUAGAUCUCUUUCUAAUGGUUGGAGUAAUCUAAGAGUUUUCAUUGCCACAGCCUUAUCAAUAUCUAGCUACACUUUAACUCUGUACUACGAUAUUGGAUUUGAAAUUGCCCUUGGGCUACACAUAAUGUUAGGCAUAGCUGGAGCCGCACUGGCCUAUCGAAAAUAUUCCACAACGGAGGCACACAAGCCAUUUCUCUGUGCUUUGCUUAGCUGUACAGGAUUUGUAGUGUUAAAAUUAUUAGACCUACAUCUUCCAAAUAUUCAUCCUUUUUUCACCAAAGUUUCUGGGCAUUUUUUAUCAAAAAUAGCAGAUGUUCUACAAAUACAUUAUGUUAAUAAAUUUUUCAGGGCUUUAACUUUUAAAAAAGUUGAUUGUGAAACAAAAAAGUCUGAAUAAGAAAGUCUGUGAGAUUGUACAUUUUGUUAUGCAAUGAAAAUUUAUAAUUUUCUUAUUACAAGCUGUUAUUUUGAUAAUCUUUUAUUUAAGGUGAUGAAAUACAUAGCUGAGGCUUAAAACUAUUUAUAUAUAGAAUUGAUAAAGCUGAAGGCGUGCAGUUCAAUUCCUAUUCGGAGCAGUAUACGUUUCUCAGGAAGCUGUCGAUCACUUACCGUCCAGUGCUGUUGUGGUUGUGUCCUUGGGCAAGAUACUUUAUCACAAAUGUUCUGGAUGCAACAGGCUACCCAUAUGUUGUACAGUGAGGUAGCCACCAGCUACUACAAGGAGACCCCGUCAAAAAUGACUCUUGCUGUUCUCAAGUGAUAAACUCAACAUGCUAUACGAACAAACAUUUUAAUGUCGGUUACACCAUCUGUACUCUAGUUUGUGACCAGAGGGCAUUCAGGCUUUACAAGAGGAAACUCGAGAUGGAGACGACAGUUUUGCAUUUCUCUAAAAUGAGACAAUUUACUCAUUGUAUGAUUUUGAACAAACACCAUUUUUUCCAUUUUUGUUUAAUGAGGGAUUAUUCAUUAUUAUAAAGUUUUAUUUUUAUGUUAUGUUCUUUUUUUUAGGUGAGAUGAGGUGUGAGUCACUUUUCUAGAGCUUGUUGUAAAAUCAGCUUCUGCUAGCAUUUUCUGAGUUGAAUGAUAACCUUGUACCCGAAUCUGUGGGUAUGGGUGUGAGAGGGUGAAAUUGUCCGCUUGUCCAGGGCAGGAAAACAGUUUCAUCAUCACUGGUCCUUUGGGCACGUUUGAGUUCAAAAGUUUAUUGCUCAAAGAUAAAAGAUAGUGAUCCAAUUGAACUGAAUUCUAAGUAUUGUAGAGAAAACUGGCAUAGGGUAUCACCGGCCUUCUCUAUAAGACUAAUGAAUGCUCCAGUAUCCCAAAACCCGACAUUGUGGUUACAAGUACUCACGUUUAGUGGCUUCACGUUUACCAUUGUGGGGGUUCAGGAUCAAAGAGACCGCUCUCUGACACCCCGUGGGAUUAAAUACUAGCUCACGUGCGGAAUGAGUUCCAACCAAGGGACUUUGAAGGGAGAUAACUCCCCAGAUUUUCACUACAGUAUCUUGAAUUACCCUAAAGAAAAAGUACAAUUUUUUGGAAAUCUCACCAAUCGAGCAUGUGGCUAACAAUAUUUACUAGCCCUUAGAUCAAAUCUGCUGGCCCUCGGCCAUCGGACCUGGAUUUUUUCUCACCCUGCAUUGUCCAAUGCCAUCCAUAAAGUGUACCAGUGCACCAUAAUAUACUGAUAUAGAAGUUUGAAUUAUAAGUAUGAAUUUUGAAAUUGAGACAAUCCAGUAAUUCAUUGUAAUUUUGACUUUAAAGCCACAUGCUCUAUAUAUACUGUAUAUCUUAUAACAAUCAGCUGUUUAUUGAAAAAGAGUUCACCCCAGAUAUUCAUUGUACUGCAGUUUGUCUAAUAUGCUCAUGCUGAGCUAUCAAAACACAGAAUGGUACACUUAAUAAAAUCAUUUUUGAGGAUAGGCUUGAACAGUGAAUAACUGAAUUGUGUUGUCAUUGGGUCUUUGUGACCAAUAAAAUUUGUGUGGGAGAAAACUUAAAUUAUUUUAAUGAAAGUUGAUGUAUACAUUUAUCACCCACUGACUAAGUGUAUUGUUCUAUUCUUGGAUCAUUGUGACCUUGACCUCAAGGUCAAAGGUAAAUUCUGUGUAAAUUUUGUAUGAGCCAUAACAUCUUAACACUAUACAUGUACUCCCAUUACAUAAAGCCAGUGUGCAAUGCAUUAACGUAAGGUCACUGACCUUUAUUUCAAGGUCAAAGGUCAAAGUGCACUUUUUUCUUCGUGCUUUUUUUUUUUUUAAAUUGGAAAAAAAAAACCCACCUGAAACUGCAUUUUGAACUCAACCUAUUAUGACAUCCACUAUAUGGUAUAGCUAGGUUUGUUUAUUUGAAGACUAUUUGUGUGCUAGUUGGACUAUUUCAACUGUGUUAUGUCAAUUAAAGCAUGGUUUGCUAUGAUGAAUGUGUGUGCGAAAUAACCCUGUGAAUUUUAUUAUCCAAAUGAUGUGUUAUUUACAAAAUUGAAAUUACCACAUUUGUUGACAAUAAUUGUUUCUAAAUUUCUAAACCGAUAUUGCUGUCCAUAAUUAGUUUUUGUAUUGUUUGGCAGAGGUGUGACGAAAAUGUGUAUUAAUAUGAAUUUUUGACAACAUGUGUUGACACUUUUCUGCACAAUAUUUUAAAACCACAAAGUUAAAAACGUUAAUCUUGAACGGCAAUAUUGGUAAAAUGCAUGUUUUAUAUAUUUUUCUAGUUCUGUGAAAGUUAGUCACGUUACAGAGUGUCAGCAACACUAAUGCUAUAUUCUGUAUAGCAUCAAAAGCGAUGACUGGGCCCAAUCAGACAAAGGAUAUAAACACAAAUGUCCGAAACUAAAUUAUUUCAUAUCUUUUCUUGUGAGUUGUGUCAUUGUUUGAAAAAAUCUUUUUUAUCAAUAAAAGGUACAUGUACUUUAUGAAAAAAGA